UGUUGUUUAGCCAGUGACCUCAGGGACAUUAUUUAACUUCACGCUUUCUUCAUCUGUAAGCUGCAGGGGAAAAUGAUUUGUCUUCUAACUUAUUGAGACAUACUGCAAAGAAAAAUGUGGUGGCUGUGAAAGGUGUUCUGGGAUCCUUGGAAGAAAGGAGUGCUAUAUAAGUUCACGGGAGUACGUUUUCAAGAAAUGAUCAAGAAAACAUCAAUAUAUAGCCAUCCAUUAGUUCAUCGCUUAAUGGAUCCAGGAGUUGAAAAAGGACUGAGGUGUGAGUUAAUCAUCCCCAUCAGGUCAUGAUGCACUCCCAUCAGGCAAGACUCCACCGUCAGGUAUAAUCGACUAGUAAGAAUUGUAGAUAUUUAAGAGAAGAGAGAUGAUGACAAGAAGGUGGUUGCAGAGAUCAUGGCAAGAUGUUUUGUUCCAAGUCUAAUAACAACCACCUCCUGGGAGGGAUUUCAUUUUGUCGGUCAUGAGAUUCGGAUUACUGAAGCCAUGGAUUGUUAUGGUGCUGUCGUUUGGCCAUCGGCCCUUGUUCUAUGCUAUUUUCUGGAAACAAAUGUGAAGCACUGUAAUAUGGUUGACAAAAAUGUGAUUGAAAUCGGAGCUGGAACAGGGCUAGUCUCCAUCGUGGCAAGUUUACUUGGUGCACACGUGACUGCCACAGACUUACCUGAAUUACUUGGAAACCUGCAAUAUAAUAUUUCCCGAAACACCAAAAUGAAAUGCAAGCAUUUGCCUCAGGUUAAAGAGCUCUCCUGGGGCAUAGCUUUAGAUGAGAACUUCCCCAGGUCUUCCAACAAUUUUGACUACAUCCUGGCAGCUGACGUUGUCUACGCCCACCCUUUCCUGGAAGAACUCCUCAUUACCUUUGACCAUCUGUGCAAAGAAACUACCAUCAUCCUCUGGGUCAUGAAAUUCAGGUUGGAGAAAGAAAAUAAAUUUAUAGAUAGAUUUAAGGAGUUGUUUGACCUAGAGGAGAUUUACAAUUUCCCUAGCCUGAAUAUUAAGUUGUAUAAAGCUGUGAAGAAAAGUCAGAGGAGUGCGUGAUACCCUCAAAGGAGGGCUUCAAAAGCAAAGGUGGUUUCUAGUAGAGUGUUCCUUUAAAGAAGAUCCUGGAUGAUCUGAUGUAGCAUGACUUUUCCAAGGGGGACACCCCCCCCCAAUGAACUUGCCUCACUCCAGACAGGGAGUUUCCCAGAUACAGCACCUGGGUCUGUCAUACUGUGUGGUCAUUGGUUAGGACAAGGUCUGCUUUCCUUAUCCC